UUCAGCCACUGUUUCAUCACAUCUUCUUUCUUACUUUUUCAAAGAAAUGGUGAUCACAAAUUUCUUCAACAACUGUACCUUCAUACUUUCAAUUCUUAUUUUGCUAUGUAGUUUUCUCUUGAACUGUGUCAUGGCUAGUGUUUAUGCUGUUGGUGAUCAAGAUGAAUGGAGUAGCCAAACAAAUUAUGCUACUUGGGCAGAGAGAUACAACUUUAGCCGUGGAGAUGUUCUUGUUUUCAAGUAUGUGAAGGGGCAACAUAAUGUGUAUGAAGUGAGAGAGGAAACUUUUAGAUCAUGUGAAACAAGUAGUGGAGUGUUGGCUAAGUAUGAAAGUGGAGAAGAUGAAGUGGUUCUGAAUAAGGUGAAGAAAUAUUGGUUCAUUUGCAAUAUAGCUGGACAUUGUCUUGGAGGAAUGAGGUUUGGGAUUGAAGUCAAAGAAGUUAGCAACAAUGGUACUGAUUUUAUGGAUGGUGCAUUAAAUCCACAAAUUCAACCAACUCCAUCACAAAAUUCUUGUAUCUCUCAAAGAUGGAGAGUGAUUGGGAAGUUCGUUCCUUUUGGAACUGGAUUAUUAUUGCUCAAUUUGUAUUUUUGAUUGGACAAAUUUAGAUACUUUUUCUUAGAUGAUUUUUUGUAUCAUUCAUUUAAAUUACCCAUCAUUUAUUUUAAGUCACAAUUUUUUUAAA